AUGGUCUUCCUCCCUCGCCUGUCUGCCGCCGUAGCUCUGGGCUGCACCGUCGCGUCGACCGUCGCCCAGUCCGCCGGCUGCGGCCAGCAGCCCACCCUGACCAACGGCGUCCAGACCAUCAACGGCCGCGAGUUCAUCCUCCAGCUGCCCGACAACUACGACAGCAGCCACCCGUACCACCUCGUCUUUGGCCUGCACUGGCGCGACGGCAGCAUGUACAAUGUCGCCGACGGCAACGGCGUCGAGCCCUGGUAUGGCCUCGCGGCUCGCGCCGCCGGCAGCGCCAUCUUCGUCGCCCCCAACGGCUACAACAAUGGCUGGGCCAACAUCGGCGGCGAGGACGUCCUCUUUAUGGACCAGAUUAUGGAGUACGUCGAGAACGACCUCUGCGUCGACCAGGACUCGCGCUUCGCCACGGGCUUCAGCUGGGGCGGCGGCAUGUCCUAUGCGCUCGCCUGCUCGCGCGCGGCGCAGUUCAGGGCCGUCUCUGUGAUUUCGGGCGGUCUCAUCAGCGGCUGCGACGGCGGCAAUGACCCCAUCGCCUACCUGGGCAUCCACGGCAUCAGCGACAAUGUGCUCAGCAUCGAUGGCGGCGUCGACCUGGCCAAUACGUUUGUGAGCAACAACGGCUGCCAGCAGGCCAAUGUUGGCCGUCCCAACCCUGGUUCGGGUAGCAGUGUGCGCACAGACUUCCAGGGAUGCUCGCAGCCCGUGUCGUUUAUUGCCUUUGACGGUGGUCACGUGGCCGCUCCCCUGGGCGUCGGCAACCCGCUGGCCCCGGAUGCGACGUGGGACUUUUUCAUGGCGGCGUAG